AUGAACUGCCAAAGAUCUGUGCUGAGUGUGGCUAUUUUAGCCAUGCUUAAUCGUUCAGCCAUUUUCAGCAUGUAUAAUACAACAACUUCAAAGGAAUGCCCAGAACAGACUCAGCAAAAUUCUACAUCUACUUACGAAGAGGGUUAUUAUGCAUGGACACAACCCACUCAAGGAAUAAUUCUAGGAAGUUAUUUCUAUGGUUUCGUGUUAGCUCAGCUGACAGGAGGAGCCAUUACAUUUUCAUUUGGACCAAAAAAAAUUUUCAUAAUUUCUUCACUUCUCUCUUCACUGUUUACCAUUUUGACACCCGUUUCUGCAGAUGUCGGUGUUUCAGUUAUAUCAUUAUGUCAAGCUUUCAUUGGAUUUGCACAAGGACUUGUUUUUCACGGAUCUUUCACGUUGUUAGGAAGAUGGAUUCCAAAAAACGAAAAGUCCACAUCAUCAUCAAUUUCUUAUAGUGGUACUCAAGUCGGUACACUUAUUGGUUUAAUAACAACAGGAUAUCUUUGCGGACAUAAAGGAUGGUCUUUCAGCUUCUACUUUUUUGGAAUAUGUGGAGUUGUCCUUUCUAUAUGCCUGACGUUCACAAUUUAUGACAGACCUCAACAACAUCCCAGAAUAUCUGACAAAGAAUUGACAUUUCUUAACGACAACGUAACAAACAUCUCAUCAGAGGAAACGAAAUUGAAUAUACCCUGGAAAGAAAUUUUAACAUCCAGAGCAGUGUGGAUAGUAGCUUUGACGAAAAUUUGUUGGGGUUUCGGAUAUUUUACAAUAUUGACUAAAUUUCCAUCAUACUUAGGUAUAAUUCAUCACAUCUCUAUCAAGCAGAUUGGAAUAAUGACUGCAUUAGUUUUUUCCGGAGACACUAUAGCAUUAUUUACUACGGGUUUCAUUGCUGAUUUUAUAAAAUCACGUAAAUACUUCAGCAUAACUAAUAUCAGAAAAAUCUUUGAAGCAAUUGCAACGUUCGGCCCGGCAGCAUGCAUCUUAUCGAUUUCAUUUCUAGGCUGCGAGAGUACAAAAAUAAUUAUUUGUGUAAUAAUUGGAAUGGGAUGUUUUGGCUUCGCUGUUUCGGGAGAUAUUGCAAUAGUACUGGAUUUGGCUCCGGAAUUUGCGGGAGUCCUUUUCGGAUUGACAUAUGGUUUAUGUAACGCCGCAGGUAUACUAUCACCAUACAUUGCUGGAAUUAUAUUAGAGAAACAUCAAGGAGAAUUGGUUCAAUGGAGCUACGUGUUCUAUAUGGUCUCUUUCGCUUAUUUUCUCAGUGGUGUAAUAUUUCUGUUCGGAGCUACUGCGGAACUUCAACCCUGGGCUACCAUUAAUACAGACAAGAAAAAACACGAUAAUAAUUAAUUGUCAACAUUAGUCCAAUCUUUGUAAUGAUGAAGACUUUGCUCAUAAAAUCAUUAGAAUCAAAAG